CUGGUUCCUCCAGCUGAUAUUGGCUAUACAGGGACAAUCCUAAAGGCUGCCAGUCGUGGGGGUAAAAACGUAUAUAUUGCUCCUAUUCAAGAGGAACUUGGCAAUGGCCCGGUACCACUAAGCGAUGAGUCCUUCAGAUGCAUGCCAAAAGCAAAAUGCCAGAAGUGUGGCAUAGGUGUUCCACUGCAACUUCUGUCAGAACACCUAAAAUCCUGUCCUCCUUUGGAAACUCCCAGUGAAAGUACUAUGGUGAAUUUAGAUGGUGAUGAACCUACAGAGAAGGAAUCACCAUUGCCGCAGUGUCCUGUCUGCACAGAUAUGUUUCCCUCUGACAUCAUUGAGCUGCAUGCCUCUUCAUGUGGAGAAAGUAGCUCACGAAAUGAAAAGGGGCAUGAAGAUACAGUAAUUGAGGAAGGGCUAGCAGAUAUGCCAGGACCAUCUGGAACUACUUGUGAAGUCAGGGAUGGCUGGUUAACUGUUUUGGACUCUUCAAAGGCCAUAUACGAAUGUGCAAAGAACGCUUUGGACAUGCAUGAAAUGGAGAGCCCAUUACGUCUCACAAUGGACAUCAGACAAAGUGUAGCUGAUCAGGACAUGGCCCUCAUCUCAUUCUACAAGCGAGCCAAUGUUGAAUGGGCACGUCCUUUGGAGUGCAGGCUUGAGGCUAAAAGUCAUUCAGGUCCCCAGUUCAAUUGCAUUGGGUACUUUGGCAAGUUCAAAAGCCCAUUGCAGCUCAAAAGCAAACCCUUCUGA